AUGGCUCUUUCCAGCCGAUUGAUGUUGCCCUUGGCCGCUAUGGCGAAUCUGGCACAAAGUGCCCAUGUCCAUUUCGAUCUCGAACUUACAUGGGGGCUCGGAGCGCCCAAUGGACAGGAGAGAGAUAUGGUCUUUAUCAAUGGACAGUUUCCGGGACCUCCAUUGAUUGUGGAUGAGGGCGACGAUGUUACAGUGAAGGUGAAAAACAAUUUACCGUUCAAUACGACAGUGCAUUUCCACGGAAUCGAGCAGAAGAAUACGGCGUGGGCAGAUGGUGUACCUGGCUUGACCCAGUGGGCCAUUAAACCCGAAGAGUCGUUCACCUACCAGUGGCAUGCCAAUAAUAUCUAUGGGACUUACUGGUAUCAUUCGCACGAUAUGGCAACCCUGCAAGACGGCCUAUAUGGGGCAGUCCGUGUCCGGCCAUCGCCAGAAAGAGAAGAUCCCUUUUCGAUGAUUACAACAGACGAGAACGAACUUAGAGCAAUAAAGCAAGCGGAGCAUGAUGCCGAACUUAUCGUCGUUUCUGAUUGGAGUCGAUACACCUCUGUUGACUAUAUGGAUGCACUGAAGCAAACAGGCUAUGACAUCUUCUGUAUGGACAGUGUGUUGAUCCAAGGCAAGGGCGCCGUCUAUUGCCCUCCACAGUCGGAAUUAAUCUCUCUGAUGCCAGAGUCCGUUCAGAAUGUUCUUCAGGCAAACGUAACGGACAAGGGAUGCCUCCCUUUUGUAACCGGCACUCAGGGUCUCUGGGAACACCACCCAGAAAAGCUUCCUGCUUAUCUUAACGAUGGCUGCAUCCCUAGCAAUGGGUACAAGGCGGUCAUAGAAGUUGACCCAGCUCAUGGAUGGGCUAGUCUCAAUUUCAUCGGCGCAGCCAGCGAGAAAGCCUUGGUUGUCUCCGUCGAUGAACAUCCAAUGUGGAUUUAUGAGGUCGAUGGCCGAUACAUAGAGCCUCAAUACGUUGAUACAUUCGAGUUCUACAAUGGCGAGCGUUACUCUGCGCUCAUUAAACUCGACAAGGAACCAGCCAAUUACAAUAUAACCAUCACGGACACCGGCGGUAACCAGAUAAUUGCGGGCUAUGCGACUUUGCAGUAUGCUGGUGGAGAGAAUAGCACACGGCCAUCCGUGCCCUACCUCAAUUACGGCGGCCAACCUACCUCACCAGACGUUACUGCGUUGAAUGUCACCAACCUACCUCCCUUCCCAGCAAUACUCCCUGCGCCUCAGGCAGACGAUUUCCAUAUCUUGAAUUUAUCGCGCAUCAACUCUUCCUGGGAAUGGUCUCUUGGCGGCACCACGUUCCUUCCAGCCGAUCUGGAUAGCAUGGAACCCGUCCUGUUCAACAAGGAAUCUCCAGGACUCGACAACGCUCUCAAAAUCACUACCAGGAAUAACACCUGGGUCGACAUCGUCUACCAACUACGCCUAGGAGAUCCAUCGGUCACCCCCGUUCAGCCUCCUCAUCCAAUUCACAAACAUUCAAACAAGAUGUUCGUGAUGGGUGCCGGGCAGGGGACCUUUAACUGGUCUUCCAUCGAACAGGGAAUCGUUGAAAGUCCACAAGAUUUCUUUGAAAAGCCUGUGUAUAGAGACACUGUCGUUACGUCGCCUAGAGGAGAGUCGUGGUUAGCAAUAAGGUACUUCGUGCAGAACCCUGGUCCAUUUUUGCUCCAUUGCCACAUGGAAACCCACUUGAUGUCUGGCAUGGGCUUGGUGCUGUUGGAUGGCUACGAUGUUUGGGAUGAUAUCAAGAAUGAUUCUUGGUUGGAUCCAUGUUAG